AUGGCGAGAGGGAACAAUCGUCAGGUCCAAAUCACUGGUUCCUCCGGUUCCCCUAGCUCGUCACAAAUGGAAGAUUCAAGUAGCCCAUACUUUCUUCACAACGGGGAUCACCCAGGGCUGGUCCUAGUCUCUCAUCAUCUCACUGGUUCCAACUACAAUACUUGGAACCGAACAAGAUUGGCUAGGGAUAUAGCUGAUAGUUUACUCUAUGUGGACACGACUCUUGAGAUCUGGAACAAUCUUCAUGAUCGGUUCAAUCAGAGCAAUGGUCCACGAAUUUUUCAACUUAAAACUUGUCUAACUGGACUGCAACAAGGAUCCAUGGAUGUGAACACUUACUACACUAAACUGAAAAUUUAUUGGGAUGAACUUAAGGUUUUUCGGCCUAUACCAGUUUGUAGAUGUGGAGGAAUGAAAACCUGGUUAGAUUACCAACAUCAGGAAUAUGUUAUGCAAUUUCUUGUUGGUCUCAAUGAGUCUUUCACUCAGAUUCGUUCUCAAAUCCUAAUGAUGGAUCCCUUGCCCCCAAUUUCAAAAGUGUUUGCACUUGUGCUCCAAGAAGAGAGGCAGAGGAUGAUUGGUCAAGUUCUACCUCCUUCCUCUGAGCCAAACAUUUUUAGUGCUGAUCAGAAGCCCUUAGUUGCUGCCUCUUCCGCCAAUUUGAGCCAGAAGUUCAAACGUGACAGACCACAUUGCACACACUGUGGCUUGCAAGGGCACACUGUUGAGAAAUGCUAUAGGAUUCAUGGUUUUCCUCCUAGGUUCAAAACGAAAGCAAGGGGUCCACAAGCCAAAGCUCAAACAAACCAAGUUGCUGCGGUUUCUUCAGAAGAGAAUUGCUCUGCUUCCUCAGAACCCCUCAAUGCCCACACAUCUAAUCAGUGCCAACAGCUCAUUGCUCUCUUGACCACACAGCUGUAA